CAUGGCAGAGCCUCAGGCCCCUGUGAGGAAGAACCACCUCUGCUGUCGGAUCUGCAGCCAUGUCCUCAGGAAUCCUGCAACUGUCCCCUGUGGACACAACUUCUGCAUGCAGUGCAUCCAGAGCUGCUGGGACCAAGACCAGAGGAAGAACCGUCUCUGCGGCUGUCCUGAGUGUGGUUCUAAGUUUCCCUCCAGGCCUGAGGUGAUCAGGAACACAACUCUGGCUGACUUGGUGAGGGACAUAGAGAGGUGUGAUGAUGACAGCACAGGGAGGAGGAGACACUCAGGACCGUCCAAAAGACCCUGGAGCUGUACAGAAACAGGACCAUCAUCAGAAAGCUCUUUGUGUGGGAGGCACAACAGCCUGCUGGAUAUCUACUGCUGCACUGACGAGCAGAUCGUCUGUGCAGUGUGUGCUUCAGCUGAGCACAGGGGACACACCAUAGGGUCUGUGAAGGAGGAGAGGAGGAGGAAACAGGAGGAGCUGAAGAACAUACAAACAAAAUCCAAGCAGUUUCUCCAGAAACAAGAAAAGACAUGGAAGAAGAUGAGGAAGACACUUGAACAGAUUCAGGAGGAGGCCAAAGAAACACAGGACUACUGUGAAAGCAUCUUGGUGAGCGUCAUCGACUCCCUCCAGAGACAUUAUAUGUCAGUGAGGGAGCUGAUCAGAGGUCAGGGGGAGGCGACAGCAGCUCAGCUUGAGAACUCCCUUCAGACUUUGCAGGAGAAGAUGGAGGAAACGAGGAAGAGAGAUGCUGAGCUGGAUCACCUGGCUCAGUCUGACAGUGAUGUCCACUUCUUACAGGAAUGGCCCUCUCUGCGGCGCCUCUGUGAAAAAGACCAUCUCCAACAUUUCUGUGAGGUUUCGGAGGAUCCACUCCUCCCCUUUGAGUUUACAAAGAAAGCUGUCGAACAGCUCGGGAGGCGACUGGAGGAAUUUUGUGACAAACAAUUUGCUUCAAUAUGUGAAACUGCUGAUGAAGAAGAGCAGGAAUCAGGAGAAGAGACAGAGGAAGACGACGUGCAACAAGAAUAUGAAGCCAGUACCUCACAGUCCCAUGGUUUCUCUGGAGCUGACAACACAGUCACUGAACAGGAUGUGGAGCCUAAAACCAGAGCGGAGUUCCUGCGGUAUGCAUGUAGCCUGAGCCUGGACCCCACCACAGCUCAUGUAGACCUGGCUAUUUCUGCAGGAGAGACAGAGGUGAGGCUGAGCCCUCUCAGGUGUAAGAGUCCUGUUGUUCGUCACCCGCAGAGGUUCAUCCACCGACAACAGGUGCUGUGCCGGGAGGGGCUGCAGGCCGAUCGCUGCUACUAUGAGGUAGAGGUGGAAGGAGACAAGGCUGAGAUCGCCCUCGCCUACAAAGGAAUAGACAGAAAAUCUCGCACUUCGGUGUCAGCAUUUGGGGGCAAUGCAAAUUCCUGGAGUCUUGAUCGUUCUACAAAAUACUCUGUUAGCCACAAAGGUGAUAGCGUGCAGCUCACAGCACAACCCAGUCAUCACAGGCUCGGUGUUUAUCUGAAGUUCAGAGAGGGAACGCUGUCAUUCUACGAGGUGUCAGACAGAAUGACGUUUCUUUACAAGGUUGAAGCUGAAUUCACAGAGCCGCUGUAUCCGGGCUUCUGGCUCGGAGAGAAAUGUCGAAUCAGGAUCUGUGAUCUGAGACAAGACAGAACGACCGGAGAGGCUCAGGUCAGUGACUGUAUCCCCGCAUCUGUAGUCUUUUGAUUGUUUUCUGAAAUAUAUUUGUCUUCUGCAUGAGGGGUUACAAUGUAGAUGGAUGCAUUACAAUGUAGAUGCCCUGUCAGCCACACAUUGACAGAUUGUAUGAAAUGGGACAAAAUGAAAUAUUUGUGAACACUGGAAUGAACAGAAAUAUGUUGGAAAGCCGAAAGUGGAACAAAUCAAAAAAUCUCAUUGUGCUUAAAAAAAAAAUUAAAAAUAACUUCAAGGACCUCUGCAGGUGCCUGGACCACAUUUUGGGAACCACUUUCCUAAGAUACCUGAAGAACCAUUUUGUUCUUGAUAAAUCAAACUCAGCUGAACAGAUUAAAUUAUGUGUGUAACACAACAUUGUCUUACACGUUGUACAUGUUUUUAAAUGUGUUUUUUACUUAUUAUUUUCAUGCCUGCUGUUUCUAUAUUACUGUAAUAUUCAGCUAUAUUUAAUCCUUAGUAAAAGAAUUACACACAGAAGC